GUAGAUCUUGACUUAAUUAAUCGUUGUUCUAUCAUUGUUCUAAAUAAUAUUCUAUGCAUCGGUGUUCCAACACGAUUACAUAGCCCAGCUACCUCUUAGUCCUGCAGCUUUUGGUAGCAUCUCAUCGUCCAACAGGCUAGAGGUUGCAACCCUAUUGGUUUAAUCUAGUCGUUAGGAUAGGACAAUUGCAUAACGUUGCAUUCAGAGAAGGCCAAGAAAGGCGUUCCCUUUCUAGCUCUAGGGGGCUAUGGCGGUGCUCUCCAGCAUUAUCAGUGCAUUAUCACUGUUGAGCAUUGUCAAUUCUAACAUAGUACUCGCCGAUUCUACCUCACAUACAAGCGCUCACCUUCAAUCUCGGGACAAUAUGAGCAAAAAAUUCCAAGCUUUUUACAACAGCAUAGGCUUGUCAGAAGCACAGGCUGAAACCCUAAAAGAGAAGUACGGUACAGAAACAACCGAUGCAAGCUCUGUUGAGGCAGCUUGUACAGCGAUACAGCUCAGUCUUGGAUCAUCCAUAGUUGAUACAUCUCCCCUGAACGAAACAGUGGUGGGUGAAAACUGGUCAAAAGCCUGUGUCGCCGAGCCCUACUGCAUAAUCCAACCGAAAACAGCAGAAGAUGUAUCGAAUGCCAUCAAAACGAUUAGCUACUACGGCGUCAAAUUUGCAGUUCGUAGCGGUGGCCAUUCUCCCAACCCUGGAUGGUCAAGCGUGGGGCAGGGAGGAAUUCUUGUGGACUUGCAAAAUUUGAAUCAAAUCAGCCUAAGCUGCGAUAAGAAAGUGGCGAGUAUUGGUCCCGGGGCCCGGUGGGGUGAGGUGAUCUCUACUCUGGACGCACAAGGAGCUAUGGUUAUAGGUGGGCGAAUUCCCAGUGUCGGUGUAGCAGGAGUUAUACUAGGUGGGGGUUACUUUCAUUUCACGGGACAGUUUGGUACUGCCGCUGAUAACGUGAAGAACUUUGAGAUUGUCCUAUCGGAUGGCACGAUUACAAACGCCAGUUCUACUGUCAACCCGGAUCUCUUUUGGGCUUUGAAGGGUGGUGGGCCUAACUUCGGAAUCGUGACUCGAUUUGACCUAUAUACCGUACCCGUAAGAGGGAUCUGGUAUCAGGCGUCGAUAUAUUCCGUCGACCAAGCUGACGAUCUUUUUGAUGCAUACGCCAAGUGGCAGCAGAAUGAAGGCGCAACUGAUCUGAAGUCCACCGUAGGUCUUGGUAUUUCUCUCGACUCCAUCAGCCUUGGCCUGGUAUAUUCGGAACCUACAGGGGAUCAACCAAGCGCGUUUGCACCCUUUAGAGACAUAGAACCACUUAUGGUCGCUGUGCCACCAACAAACGGUUCAAUUACCGCCUUGACGGCGAUAAUGGCUAGUACUGGAACUGGAUCAGACCGCCAUGAUUACAGAGCCGCCAGUACACGUAUCGACGCCCAACUUUACAAAGACGUGUACGCCUUUUGGCGGGAGAAAGCCCUUGCAGUUCGCGACGCCACAGGAGCCAACCAGAGUUUCACGAUCCAGCCUGUUCCCAAGAAUGUUGCCAUACAGGGAGAACAGAAAGGGGGAAAUCCAAUGAAUAUCCUAAAGGACAACCAUGGAUGGUGGACGACAAUUGUUGAUUGGAAUGACGAGAAGGACGACGAUCUCGUGAGGUCGGUCUCGAUCCAGACAAGCCAAAAGUGGAAGGAGCUAGGAGACGAGCGAGGCUCAUCGCUACCAUUCAUCUUCAUGAACGACGCUUCUCGAGAUCAGAACCCGCUCGCAUCGUACGGCACCGAAAACGUCAACAAGCUGAAGCAAAUAUCUCAGAAGUACGAUGCUUCGCAAUUAUUCCAGAAGCAACAGAACGACGGGUUCCUACUUUCUAAAUUGUGAAUAACUUUUUUAAUCUAUCAGUUGAGUCAUUGGGAGACGCUUUAUAUAUGGUGGUUAUAGAAGGUACCUACCUACCUAAUCAUAGAUCAAUACGAUAAUUGCUUUCGACUACACUUCAUCAAGUGCUUAGGUUUAAACAUAGCAUAUAAAGCGCUGAGCUGGUAAUAAGUAUACUAUUACUUUAGCUAUCUACCUAGAUACCUAUGUACCUAUAUUGUAACUAUGCUGUCUUUCGGUGACAUAUUUAGGCGAUCGUAUGAUUUCUAGGUGGUAUGAACCUAUUUCAUGUCAUCUCUACUUAGUAAUAUAGAUUCCAAAUAGAUACGUUUGAAAGGAUUUCAUGAUUCAAAAUUACCUAAUAACUAGAUGUCAUAGUAACUGCAACCUACUUGAUGAGUGUCGCUUUUGCUGCACUUGGGGUCGCACAAUCUUACCCUCUUGAGAAAGAAGAGUUAAAAGCGAGAAACUAACACGCAUGAUAAAAAGUAAAUUUAUACUCGCUUAACAACCUCGAAAUGAAUUGCAUGUCGCGAAUUUAAUGCCACCACAUGGGGAGCAAUAUCAAUUAUCUACAGCCCCGCAAAUAUCAUAUGUCAUUUAUGAGAAUCUUAUUAGUGUCACCGCCUUUCCCAUAUCAGCUUUUCGGAAGAUACCAUGGGUUACAUGAUUC